GUGUGUAAGCUGAGUUUUGGUUGGUUAAAAUUCCCACUACCUCCCUCUCUAUGGGCGUUAACGUUGGGUAAUGUUGUCCAACAGAGUUGGUUUGGGUUCAGUUCUGCCCCCCUGUGGGAAAAGUAACCACCGCAUGGGAGUUUGUAUCCUGCCACCAAGGUUAGUCAUUAACCUUGUCUCCUCAGUCACUCAGGGCACCAAAGAAGUCGGACAGCACUCUGUCCGAGGCAUGCUGUCGCUCAGCCGUCUCAUCUUAACAUGGGCGACUGUAACCACUGCACACACGAGCGGGCUUUAUCCGUAGAGGACGACGUUACCGUAGUGUUUCACAAAGUUGACAGCCAUGGCUCAAACAGCGGCAGCGACGACCACGACGAGUGUGGCAAAGAUGAGCGGACGGCGGAGAGGAUUCACUUGCAGAGCAACUGUCGUGUGUCGUGUGACUACGACGGUGAUGCUGAGGAGACGGAGGAAGCGAGAGGACGCGAACAUCCCCCGGAAGGCAGCGAGAGGAACGCGCUGUGCCCGCCGGCGUUUUGCGUCAGAAGCGAGCCCGCAACCCGAGAAGAAAGCGCUCGUGAAGGCCCGGAGAAACCAAAGAGAUGUCCCGGUAUUGGCUUGUUCUAUGCUUUCCUGUCCACAGUUUUCUUCUCCAUCAUUGCCCUCUUGGUGAAAUCCAUCCAGGGAGUCCACGCCAUAGAGAUCAGCGCCAUACGCUGCUUCUUCCAGAUGCUCUUUGUUAUGCCGUUGCUCAUCUACCACAAGACAGGUUUCCUUGGUCCCAGAGAUAAACGUAUAUAUCUGGUGCUUCGGGGUUUCAUUGGUUCCAAUGCUAUGAUCCUGCUCUUCUAUGCUGUUCAGCAGAUGCCGUUAGCGGAUGCCACCGUCAUCAUGUUCAGUAAUCCAGUCUUUACUUCCCUCCUGGCUUGGGUCUUCCUGAAGGAGAGAUGUACAAUCUGGGACUGUGUGUUCACCGUUUUUACCCUCACUGGAGUCAUCCUUAUCGCCCGACCACCAUUCAUCUUUGGCGAGGAUGUACGUGGCAUUGAGGGCAACUACGCUAACCACAUCAAGGGGACUAUUGCUGCCUUUGCAGGCGCUCUUGGGGCUGCUUUUACAUUUGUUGUUCUUCGCAAGAUUGGAAAGAGCGUCCAUUACUACCUCUCUGUCUGGUACUACGCUGUCAUCGGUUUCAUUGAGUGCAUCAUCACUGUAUCCGUCCUUGGUGAAUGGAAAAUCCCAUUCUGUGGCCGCGAUCGCUGGAUGCUGAUGUUGAUUGCUGUCCUGGGCAUUGCAGGCCAGACCUUCCUCACAAAGGCACUACAGAUCGAGAAGGCUGGACCGGUGGCCCUGAUGAGGACUGUCGAUGUGGUGCUAGCAUUCAUCUUCCAGUUCAUUUUCUUUAACCGUGCACCGACCUUGUGGAGCCUCGGAGGGGCGCUGUGCGUAGUGGCGAGCACAAGCGGAGUAGCACUUAGGAAGUUGUACACCAACUCUCGCAAGAAAUGACGGAGAAGCAACAUAGAAUACUUUGGUAUUACUAUUUAUUCCUUUUUCACUAUCAUAUGUUUUAGAUUUAUUCUGUAUUUUACUUGUUAUUUACAUGCAAACCUGUGAGCAGGUUUGAGCUCGUUGCAGAGUUAAAGGCAGAAAUAUAGAAUGAUAAUCUAGUAGGGGUCAGUUAGGAGCUUAUGGUAGUUAUUAAAAUCAAAAUUGAAUUCUGUACAUCUGUACAUGUUGAUUCCUGAGAGUCAACCGGUAAUUUAUCGUUAUGCAUUUAUUUUUUUGUCAAUUAACACAUACAUAAGAGGCAGGAAAAACUGUUUCUGGCCCCAAACCAUAUCCUGCUCUAUGGAGCUUGUGUAGCUAACUACCUACUCAACAGAGGUUUAUUAUUUUUUCCUGAAUAAAAAUAUGAACAGCAUAAAUGGGACUGAAAGUUUGCACUUCACCAUAACGAAGCAGUUUGAUGAAGGAAACCCUCAGUCCCUUUAAACUGUAUGAAAUAGCCAAAGAGGUUUACUGCAUUGGGACCAGUCAUAUUGUGUCACACAACAUGGUAAUCAUGAAAAAAAAAAACACACUACAUAUUUCAUUUUAUUGUGGUAUGUACUAGGUGUUAUCAAAUGAGUAUCCGCAAAAAAA